ACGCAACUCGUGCUGGCUUCAACUCUCAUCACCUCGGACGCGGAUCGAAGCCAAUCGAAAAGCGCCUCAUCCAUUCAUUCUUUCUCCCUUCUUGCUUCAUUAUUUCUGUGGUAGCUUUGCUUUUCCACUGUAAUAUUGCAACCUCCGUGUUUAUACUUUUAGGUAGCUACUGUAUUCAUAGUAGUUGUGACAAUGGCAAAGCAGGACAAGAAGGAUGAAGCCGGCGGCAAGCCUGGCAGAGAAGAAUUUGACGAUUUGAUGAACAAGAUGUCUGAUGUCAAGAAGAAGUGGGACGAGGAGAAGGAUUCGGAUGAUGAAGACGAUGAGACGGGCCAUCUCCUGACCCAAGCGAUUGACAUGGCCCUUGAGCAGGGCAGAGGAUGGUCAGCUGGUGAGAAGGAAGCAUAUCUGGAGAAACUUUUGGAUGACGAUUUUAUCCCUCCCAUAUUUGCAGAAUCAGCCGAAGAAGUGGAAAAGAGUGGUCUAGCCGAAGCAUUUAGCAGUUUGAAAUACGAUGAUACACCUACCCAGCUAAUGGUCAAUUUCAAAAAGAUGGGAAAUGAAUCUUUUGCCAAUGGCAAACGCAAUGUCACCAACAAUAUGCAAUAUUAUCGCGAUGCCGUCAAUCACUACUAUGAAGCAUUUGCUUGGGCGCAAAGGAUUGAGCCAAUGCUACCAGGAGACUUGAAAGCAGCGGAUAAUGACGAUCCAACGUAUACCGAACAGGAGCUAGAUGCCUUGAAGGCAACCAUUUGUUGCAACGCCGCAUUGGCACACACACAACUCAAAAAUUGGGGUUUGGUUCGAGAACAAGCAAACAAGGCAAUCAUCUUUGAUGACAAGAAUGUCAAGGCAUGGUUUCGCUUAGCCAAAGCGCAUCAAAUGCUACAAAGCUGGGAGGAAGCAGGAGAUGCUAUUGAUAAAGGUCUAGCUCUCCCAGGACAGGAAAACAAUGCCGACUUGAAAAAACUUCAUAAGCUAUUGUCGGCCAAGGUACAGCGAGCCAGGAAACUGCGACAAGAACGAGAACGGGCAAGAGCCGCACGAGUGUCUCAUGUGAAACAAGUGUGGAAACAUUGCAAAGACAGCAAAAUUCAACUGGGAAGGGUUCCUCUUGUGGCCAGUGUCACUGACGAUGAAGAUGGAACAGACGAUGAAUCCAGGUGGCACCAUCACAGACCAAACUCUGGCAAUCUACCAGCACUGGCCUUGCACGAGUGGACGUGGCCUUGCAUGUUUUUGUAUCCAUCCCAUCAGCAAUCCGACUUUGUUCGGCAGUUUGGGGAAUCUGAAAUGCUAGCGCUUAGAAUGGCCGAAAUGUUCCCCGAGGCAGAGGAUGGCAACGAUGAAACUGCGAUACCAUGGGAUCACAACAACGAGUUUAUGUGCAGCAAACUGGCCGUAUACUUUGAAGUCCACUGCAGUGAUUCAGACACUCUCGUUCAUCCUGACUUUGUUUCAAAACUGAAGGACCAGGGUGAAGCAAUGCGUUUCUACGAGGCUUCCAGAGCCCUUUUGGGGGAUGAAGGAGCAGACAUGGCGAAUGUUGUCAAGGCAGUGGAAAGGAAAAAUCUGUAUAAGCAGCGAAAGGCGUGGAAGAAGAAGCAUGGCAGCAUCUGGUCCAAGCCUGACCCAUGCCCAGUAGUCAGGGUUCACCCUGCGGUUACUCUUCGGGAAAUUCUGGUGGAUCCGAGGAUGGUGGCGGCGAACUUCUUUGUCACUCUCAUUCUGUUCCCGGAGAACCAUCCGGCUCAUGAAGCAUUCUUGAAAGAACACAAAUGUGUUGGGCUGAUUCAACCCAAGGAAGCCAGCUAGCUAGUAGGCAACUUGAUCGGCUAGAAUACUCUACUCUUGUAGUACUGUACCUGGUACCGUGGGCUACAUUUGAACGGUCGUCUAGUGUAGAGGCUGGUUAGUUUGAUUUAUCCAAAUGUAGGUUGCUGUAGUUACGUCAUAACUGCGCG